AUGAAAGUAAAAGUCCUUUCAAGGAACCCGGACGACUACGUCCGGGAAACCAAACUAGAUAUUCAGCGUGUUCCCAGAAACUAUGAUCCUACUCUUCACCCAUUUGAAAUGUGCAGGGAAUAUACUCGGGCCCUAAAUGCCACCAAGCUCGACAGAGUGUUUGCAAAGCCAUUUGUGGCCUCAUUGGAUGGACACAGAGAUGGAGUAAACUGUAUGGCCAAGCACACCAAAAGCCUCUCCACGUUGCUGUCUGGUUCUUGUGAUGGAGAGGUAAAAGUGUGGAAUCUUUCCAAACGUGAAUGCCUCUACACAUUCCAAGCCCAUGAAGGUUUUGUUCGUGGAAUCACUGUCCGUUUUUGUGGAACUUCCUUCUUCACGGUGGGGGAUGACAAAACCAUCAAGCAAUGGAAAAUGGAAGUACCAGGUUAUGGUGAGGCAGUGGAACCGCUUAACACUGUUCUGGGCAAGACAGUUUUCACAGGGCUUGACCACCAUCAGCAUGAAGGUUUGUUUGCAACAUGCGGCCAGCAGGUGGACAUAUGGGAUGAACAAAGAAGCAGCCCUAUCCGUUCUUUUACUUGGGGGGUGGACAGCUUCAGCUCUGUUCGUUUUAACCCAGUGGAGACCGAACUACUUGCAAGCUGCGCCUCUGACAGAAGCAUUGUACUGUACGACAUGAGAGAAGCGACACCACUUAAAAAAGUCAUUAUGACGAUGAGAAGCAACACAUUGUGCUGGAAUCCAAUGCAGGCCUAUUUCUUUACCUCUUGUAAUGAAGACUACAAUCUUUACACAUACGACAUGAGAUAUUUGGACAAGCCGCUCCUCGUACACACAGACCACGUUUCUGCAGUGCUGGAUGUAGACUAUUCCCCCACUGGCAGAGAGUUUGCAUCUGCCAGUUUUGACAAGACAAUUCGCAUUUUUGCCAAAGAUGCGGGCCAUAGUAGGGAGGUCUACCACACCAAACGCAUGCAGCAUGCCAUCUGCGUAAAGUGGUCAGCUGACAACCGCUAUAUUCUUAGUGGAUCUGAUGAAAUGAAUAUACGUCUGUGGAAAGCGAAUGCAUCUGAGAAAUUGGGAGUGCUUGCACCCCGAGAGAGGGACGCCACCAACUACCGCAAAAAGCUAAGAGAGAAGUUUAAGCACUUCCCGCAGAUCAGACGCAUCUCGCAGCAUCGACAUCUCCCCAAGGCCAUCUACCAUCAGACUAAGGAGCUGAGGACAAUGAAGGAUGCUCGCCGCAGAAAGGAGAAGAAUGUCCGCGCACACAGCAAGCCAGGAAGUAUACCUGUGUUGUCUGAAAAAGAGAAGCACACCGUUUCUGUGGUCAAAUAA